CUCCCCUGCCUCCGCAGAGCCUCCUGCGAGCUGGCCGCCGGCUGCCACUGCGGCAGCGCCUCUCGCCCUCCUCCCACCGUCCGCGCGCAGUUGGGAGGAAAGAUGUUCACCGUGCUGACCCGCCAACCUUGUGAGCAAGCAGGCCUCAAGGCCCUCUCCCGAACCCCAGCCAUCAUCGCCUUGGUGGUCUUGCUUUUGAGUGUUGUGGUACUUGUGGCCAUCACACUCAUCCAGUUUCACCACAAAGAGGUCCUCCUUCCAGGACUGAAGUAUGGGAUCGUGCUUGAUGCCGGGUCUUCCAGAACCACCGUCUACGUAUAUCAGUGGCCAGCGGAGAAGGAGAAUAAUACUGGAGUGGUCAGCCAAACCUUCAAGUGCAGUGUGAAAGGCUCUGGGAUUUCCAGCUAUGGGAAAAACCCCCAAGAUGUCCCCAAAGCCUUUGAAGAUUGCAUGCAAAAAGUCAAGGGGCAGAUUCCAGCCCAUCUCCAUAGAUCCACCCACAUUUACCUGGGGGCCACGGCUGGGAUGCGCUUGCUGAGGUUACAAAAUGAAACAGCAGCUAAUGAAGUCCUUGCAAGCAUCCGAAACUACUUCAAGUCCCAGCCCUUUGAUUUUAGGGGUGCUCAAAUCAUUUCUGGGCAAGAGGAAGGGAUAUAUGGAUGGAUUACAGCCAACUAUUUAAUGGGAAAUUUCCUGGAGAAGAACCUGUGGCAUAUGUGGGUGCAUCCAAAUGGAGUGGAGACCACAGGUGCCCUGGAUUUAGGGGGUGCCUCCACCCAAAUAUCCUUUGCCGCUGAAGAGAAGGUAGGGCUGAACACCAGCAGCAUCAUGAAAGUGUCCCUGUACGGCUAUGUGUACACGCUCUACACACAUAGCUUCCAGUGCUAUGGUCGGAACGAGGCUGAGAAGAGGUUUCUGGCAAUACUCCUUCAGAAUUCUCCCAUCAAAACCAAUAUCAUCAACCCUUGUUACCCUCGGAAUUAUGUCACCACCCUCACUGGGGGCUACAUAUUUGACAGCCUGUGCACAGCAGACCUGAGGCCUGUAAAUUAUGACCCUGAUGACAUCAUCACUUUUGAAGGAACCGGGGACCCAUCGGUGUGUAGGGAAAAGGUGGCUUUCCUGUUUGACUUCAAAGCUUGCCAUGACCAAGAAGCCUGUUCCUUUGAUGGGGUUUAUCAGCCAAAAGUUAAAGGGGCAUUUGUGGCCUUUGCAGGAUUCUACUACACUGCCAGUGCUUUCAAUCUUUCAGGGAGCUUUUCCCUGAACGCCUUCAACUCAAGUACCUGGUAUUUCUGCUCAGAGAGCUGGAGUCAGGUGGUGAGAUUCUUUAAAAUGUGUUCUGAAACAUGCCUUUUCAAACGGGCCUGCCUCAUCUGUUUGGAACCUCCUCUUCAGCUCCCGCUGCUGCUCCCCAGGUUCGAUGAGGUGUAUGCCCGUUCCUACUGCUUCUCAGCCCACUAUAUCUACCACUUGCUCGUGAAUGGAUACAGAUUCACCGAGGAGACCUGGCCCCAAAUACAUUUUAAAAAAGAAGUGGGGAACAGCAGCAUAGCCUGGUCUCUGGGCUACAUGCUCAGCCUGACCAACCAGAUCCCAGCCGAAAGCCGCCUGAUCCGCCUGCCCAUGGACCCACCUGCCUUUAUGGGCAUCCUUGCCUUCUUCACAGCAGUGGCCUUGCUGUGUCUGGCAUUUCUUUUGUACCUGUAUGCUUCAUCCAGGAAGCAGAGGCACUCCCAGCAUGCCUUCGACCACACAGUGGAUUCUGAGUGAGCCUCGUGAAGCAGCUCCUGGAGCCUGAGGGCUGCCCAGAACCAGCCUGCAGAGCACCAGACAAUGCAAGCGAAAUGUCCAUCUUCAGGAAAUGCAACUAAAGUCAAAUACGUAGGUCAUGUGCCUCUCCGAGACUGACUUAUGCCAAAGCACCUCUUGGGGAGUACCCCAACCAUUCUGGGUACGUUGCUCCUCCAAAGGCCCUACCACCCACUCGCUGAUCUACUGGGGAACUGAGGAGAGAUAAGCCAUCAAUGUCAGGCUCUUUAUUCCAAGUGCCCUAGAGGAACAUUAAGUUGAGAAUAUGACAUUUUGAUGUUGAAGAGUUGACCUCAGGCUCAGUUUGCAUUUUUCCUUCCUCAGAAACGCAGUAUGCCUCCUGGCAAGUUUGGAAGCUGGCAGGCGCCCAUUAAGCAUUUAACACAGUUUUAGAUAUGUUGCAUUAUGGCUUUCUCCGAUUGAUUCUUAACUAAGACUUGGCAAUCCCAUAAACACUGAGCUCCCUCAGACUAGUAGAAUACAGUAUCUGGGGGAGAAGAUUCCUUUACCCCAAGGACAGUGGCCAUGGCCAGGCUCUGUCAUAGGGCAGAACCUGAAGGACAGAGACACACAGAAAAUCUCCCCGGAAACUGCAGUUCAUUUCCAGAGUGGGAUUCCCACUCAGCCUACUAGUCAGUAGAUUGCAGCCUGUGCGUAUGUCUUCAUUCUCGCCUGCCCUUCACAUGGCGGGGUCCUCCUAUAAAACAUUGACUCCUGGUGUGGCCAUCACGUAACAGAUCUUUUUGCCUUUGCUAGGCUUUUGCUUAGGGCUGUUUCUCCACUGACGGCGUGGUGUGUAUGUUUUGCCCACUGUUCCCACAAGUGUGCUCAAUGCUGUCCUGAGAUAGCCUUGCUUACCACUUUCCUCAGAGGAUGAGAAAGAGCUCCAGCAAGUCCAAUGGUGACAAACUAAAAAUCAGCAUUAUUUCAGAUUGUUGGUUAACUGAAUAUGGAAUAAAGGACUCUCGUUUUGACUUGAAA